AUGAAUGACUUAAGUAAAAUGGAUUUAGUCAAGUAUUUUGACGAUGAACGAAAGUCUCUGCCUGUUACUCUUCAAAAAGAUAAGCUUUGUAGUUUAAUUCAAAAAAAUGAAACUUUAAUCAUAAUUGGAGAAACAGGAAGUGGCAAGACAACACAAAUUCCACAAAUUGUUUAUGAAAAAAUAUUACGCCCGGACGAAGAUGUAGUUGUUACACAACCAAGACGUGUAGCAGCGAUAUCGUUAGCUGAACGUGUAUCAUAUGAAGUAAACACUGAAAUCGGGGACUUGGUUGGCUACAGAGUCAGGUUUAUUGACAAAACUACUCAUUUCACUAAAAUAAAGUUUAUGACUGAUGGUAUGCUAUUACGGACUGCUAUAUUAGAAAAGAGCUUAUCGGCAUACGGAUGUGUAAUUUUAGAUGAAGCUCAUGAACGUACAGUCAAUACGGAUUUACUUUUUGGAAUUGUAAAAAAAGUCCAACGCAGUCGUAAGCACAGUUCUAACCCUCUUAAAGUAAUUGUCAUGUCAGCAACAAUGAAUGCUGAUUUGUUUGCCGACUAUUUUGGCAAUGCUCAGAUUGUCUACUUACAAGGUAGGCUUCAUGACAUCAAAAUAUUCCAUGCUAAGAAAACUGUAGAAGAUUACUUCCAUGAUACUUUUGUUACGAUAUUUCAAUUACAUAAAGAGGCACCUGAACGUCAUGACUUUUUAGUUUUUCUAACUGGACAAGAAGAAAUAGAAAAUAUGGCUCUUGCUAUAGAGCACAUCAACCAAGAUCCUUCUCUAAGAAAUUAUCCUGUUAUAAAAGUACGAACAUUAUAUGCUUCAUUGCCUACCAAUGAGCAACUCAAAGUAUUUAUGUCAUUGGAACCUAACGAGUUUGCCAGAAAAAUCAUAUUGAGUACAAACAUUGCAGAAACAUCAGUUACUUUGACUGGUAUUAAAUAUGUAAUUGAUUGUGGCAAAGUUAAAGUUCGAUGUUUUCAUCCAGAAACUUCAAUGGAUGCUCUAAAAGUUGAAAAUAUCUCUCAAGCCCAAGCUGAACAAAGAGCAGGUCGUGCGGGUCGUGAAUCUGAUGGAUAUUGUUACAGGAUAUAUUCAAAAACGCAAUAUGAUGAAAUGACCAAAGACCCAGUACCAGAAAUCUUGAGGUGUAAUUUGGGUAAUGUAGUAUUACAAAUAUUGGCCAUGAAUAUGGAUCCUUACAAAUUUGAUUUCAUUAAUAAGCCAUCGACAGAUGCAAUUAAUCAAGCUUACAACAUGUUAGGAAAUUUAGGUGCUACAAAAAAUAGUAUUUUAACUGAAUUGGGUCAUAAAAUGACUAAAUUUCCUCUUGACCCAAGGUACUCAAAAAUAAUAUUGUCAUCAGUCAACUAUGGUUGUAUGGAAGACAUUGUAAAUAUUGUAUCUAUAUUGUCUACUGAUUCAAUUUUUGUGUCUAGUCUUUCAGAGAAAAAAAAGAAACAAGCCGAGGAUGCUCAUACAAAAUUCAAGUCAUCUGUCAGUGACCAUAUUAUGUUGCUAAAAACAUUCCGUUCGUAUAGGAAAGUAAGAAAAGAUUCUAAGUCCAGUUGGUGUGACGAUAAUUUUCUCAACGUCCGUAAUUUAGAAUACGCAGAUCGCGCUCGAGAACAGUUGCUCGAUAUCUGUAGGUAUUUACAUUUACCAAUUGGCCAAUCUUGUGGAGAUGAUUUCGACCCUAUCAGAAAAUGUCUGUUGACAGGAUUUUUUGAAAAUCUGGCAUAUGUCAAUCAGGAAAAAAAGUAUGUAACAGUUAAUGCUAAAAAAGAAUGCAAAAUCCAUCCAACUUCAACACUGUUUCAUUCAUAUCCUCAUUGUGUCCUAUACACGGAAAUCAUAGAGACUAGUCAACCAUAUAUGAAAUAUAUAACUGUAAUUGACAAAGAGUGGUUGAUUGAUAUUGUUCCUAAUGUUCAUCAACGUCAUAAUUAUCAAGUUCUCAUGAAUAGUGAUUUAUAG